AUGAAGAGCAUCUACAUCCUUGACUGGUGGCUCAGCCCUGAGCUCUACCUUCGUCGGCCUCCUUCCGCUAACGAGCGAUACCGCCUCGAUAAACUUCUCCAUGCCGCGGCCGAGCGUGGAGUCAAGGUUCACAUCAUUGUUUACAAGGAAGUGCAGGCAGCCUUGACAUUAAACUCUGCUCACACUCGCAAGCGACUCGAGUCUCUUCACCCCAACAUCCAAGUCUUUAGGCACCCCGACCACACGCCUACCGGGUAUAGCUUGAACAAGACCUUCUCCGGGCUUUCCCUCGGCGGCGGCAACAUUGCAAAGACAUCGGUGGAUGCCUUGAAAGCGCUGUAUGGCACCAAUGAUGGAAUGGUGUUAUUUUGGGCGCACCACGAGAAGCUGUGCCUGAUUGAUGAGAGGCUUGUGUUCAUGGGCGGGCUUGAUAUGUGCUUUGGGAGAUGGGAUACUACUUACUAUAACAACGCUCGGAUCUACGACUUUCAUAACGUUGAUGACUGGGAGAAGAACAAGCUGGACAGGACCCAGAGUUCCAGGAUGGGGUGGACCGACGUGGCCAUUAGCUUGAAUGGUCCAAUCGUCGCAAGUCUAAUACACCACUUCAAGGAUCGAUGGAACUAUCUCUACGACCAAAAGUACGGACACAAGAAUGCCGGAAAGUACGCCAAACUCGAGACCGAUCCUUCCGGUCAGCCCGGCCACAGCGACUGGUCCCAAUCCGGGCAUCGACUUUUGGAUGACAUGCACGGUAAAUUUAACCGUGGCUUGAGCCAUCUGACUGGCCACGAGGACCGUAGCCAAAGGCCACCAUCGAGGCAAGGCGGUGGUGCCACCAACAUACAGCUCGUUCGCAGCGCAACUGCGUGGUCUUCUGGAUUGCCCACCGAGCACUCCAUCGCCAGUGCUUACAUUGAGGCCAUAACCAAUGCCCAGCACUUCGUAUACAUCGAGAAUCAGUUCUUCAUCACGGCGACUAGCGAUGCUCAGCGGCCAGUGUUCAAUAAGAUUGGUGCAGCUAUCGUUAACCGCAUUCUCAAGGCACACCACGCUAAUGAAGAGUUCUUGGUGAUUGUCAUCAUGCCUGCCGUCCCCGGAUUUGCGGGUGAUCUCAAGGCGGAUGGCGCGCUUGGCACGCGAGCCAUUAUGGAGUUCCAGUACUUCUCCAUCUCGCGUGGUGGACACAGCAUCAUCGAAACGUUGAAGCACAAUGGCAUCCAAGAUGUCAGCCGCUACAUUUCGUUUUAUAACCUCCGAAACUAUGACCGCGUUAAUACUUCGUCAACCAUGACGCAGGCUGAGCAGCGCUCAGGAGUUCCGUACGAGGCCGCCCGGAAGGAACACGACGACGCCGUGGGCGCCGGCUAUCGCCAUGGCGAGGGCACCCGUGGACAGGCCCAGUACAACCAAUACCAGCAAGCCGCCGCCAAAGUCCCGGACCCCACGUGGGACACCAAGGAGAUUGACGCCUUUGUCAGCGAGCAGCUCUACAUCCACAGCAAGCUCCUCAUCGCAGACGACCGCCUGGUCAUCUGCGGCUCGGCCAACAUCAACGACCGCUCCCAGCUGGGUUCGCACGACUCCGAGAUUGCCGUCGUCAUCGAGGACAACCACCCCGUCGACUCGUACAUGAACGGCAAGCCUUUCCAGGCUACCGCCUUCGCCGCCUCGCUCCGGCGCUUCAUCUUCCGCAAGCAUCUAGGUCUCAUUCCCGAGGAGAAGUGGGACAGCCCCAACGUCAACUGGUCCAGCGUCGAAAAGGGACCCAACUGGUACGACUGGAACUCGCAGGCCGACCACCUCGUCCGCGACCCGCUCCACCCCGAGUUCCGUCACCUGUGGAAUACCACGGCGCGCGUCAACACCGAAGUUUUUAGCAAGGUCUUCCACAACGUUCCCAACGACCACGUUCGCACCUGGCAGGACUAUGACGAGUUCUUUAGCAGGCACUUUGUCGUCCCCGGCGCCGAGGCCCCCAAGGACCAGAAGCAGCAGCAGCAGCAGCAGGCCCAAGCCCCCGGUGUCGAAAAGGUGAGCUAUGGCCACGUGGUCAGGUCCGAGUUCCCCGGCGGCGUCGGCGAGGUCAAGGAUUGGCUGAGCCGGGUGCGCGGUAGUCUUGUCGAGAUGCCGCUCGACUUUUUGGUGGAUGAGGCCGACAUUGCAAAGGAGGGCCUUGAGCUGAAUACUCUGACUGCGGAGCUAUACACGUGA